AUGUUAAGCUCUGCCUGUUCUAAAAGUGAAAGGCAACAUCAACUGAUAGACUGAUCUCUGGGUAAGACACACGGCUGGGAAGAUGAUCUCAGUCUGACUCUGCAGCUUCCCAACACAGCAGGAGUGGCAGCUGAUCUUUCUGCCUCAGCAAUGGCAGAAGCCGUCAUAAGGCACUGGGUGGAAACUCCUGCACGAUACCAGGAGCAAUUUGUUGGUCAAGAGCUGGAAGCACACAAACUGAACCACCUUUUAUAUGCUUUGCCGGGCCCUGCCACCAUGGCACCGAGCAACCAAAGGUGUGCCACAGAAAGCACGGCUGGGGCCGGGAAGAGCAGCCGGGAGGAGGAAAACACACACUUUCGGGUCCUGCUGGACGUUGUGCAGUUCCGCCCCGAAGAUAUCAUUAUCCAGACUUUCGAAGGCUGGCUCCUGAUUAAAGCUCAGCAUGGACCCAGGAUGGAUGAACAUGGUUUCAUAUCCAGAAGCUUCACCAGACAAUAUAAAUUACCUGACGGAGUCGAGAACAAAGACUUGUCUGCACUUUUCUGCCAUGAUGGCAUUUUGGUUGUUGAAAUGAAGAACUCGGUGGAAAAGAAUUAG